AUGUCUAUUCUCUUAAUUGGACUGUUUAGAUUUGGAUCAUUAUUUAUUAUCGCAGCAAGUGUAUGUGAUGUAUUCGACGGACGUUUGGCUCGUUACUUGAAAACUGACGGCCCUAUGGGUGUACAGCUAGAUUCACUUGCAGAUAUUGUUUCGUUUGGUGUCGCACCAGUCAUACUUGCUUAUUCUAUAUCUCAUUGGUCUUUUCUAAUGACAAUUGCUUUUGUGGUAUUUCCAUCAGCCGGUGCAUGGCGUCUUGGUCGAUUCAAUGUCAAUCCUACACAAGAUUAUUUUGUUGGUCUACCAAUUACUGCUGCUGGUCUCAUCGUUAGUUUUUUAGCCCUUUUCUCUUAUACAAGUCCAUUAAUCAUGAUCGCUUUGGCUUCAUUGAUGAUUUCCACAUUGAAAGUACCUAAACUUUAA